AUGGGCGCGCGGAGAAGCGCGAGCAGCGGCGAAAACCCCGCGGGGCUGUCCCUGAUUAAUCGCCGAACCGCUGCUGCAGGCUCGGGAAGAGGCUUGGCGAGCAGGCGCGAGGUGCUGGGGCUGAACAGGCCCGGGAGGGGCCCGGGCGGGUUUAAACUAGACAUGGGCGCGCUUCAGCGGAGCAGGGGGGAGCGGGAUUUCGCGCGGGAGGCGCAGGAGGCGCAAGCCAGGCGGGAUAAAUUCGCGUUUUUCGAAAAGGACUGUAGCAGAGUGCUGGAGCAUGUUUACGUGGGGAGCGACUUUGUAGCGAGAAGCAGGGAGGUUCUUAAGGAGGCUGGGAUCACGCAUGUGCUGAACUGCGUGGGGUUUGUGUGCCCUGAGUAUUUUCCAGAGGAGAUCAAGUACAAGACGCUCUGGCUGCAGGACAACACGGGCGAGGAUCUCGUGUGCGUCUUAUACGACGUGUUUGACUACAUUGAGGCCGUGCGGGCGGCCAAGGGACGGGUGUUCAUCCACUGCUGCCAGGGCAUCUCGCGCUCCACCUCCCUCGUCAUUGCAUACCUCAUGUGGCGCGAGGGACGCGUGUUCAUCCACUGCUGCCAAGGCAUCUCUCGCUCCACGUCCCUUGUGAUUGCAUACCUCAUGUGGCGCGAGGUGCGCUUAGGGGACUCGAGUGUGGUUGGGUUGGGUUGCACUGGGUGCUGUAUGUCAUGUCAUGUCACCCUCACCAUAUCUCCCCACCUUCACAGAAUAUUACACGAUUUUUUAGUUAGAUAA